AUGGCCACUUUGAGGACUCUCACCGAAGGUUGGGCUUUCACUCAGGUUGGCGGCGGAAAGGGAACAAAGGACGGCGAGUGGCUUGAGGUCGCGCACGCCCCCACCUCGGUGCACGUCGAGCUUUUGAAGGUGCAACGCAUUCCCGAUCCGUUCCUUGGCUUGAACGAAUGGGAAGUUCAGUGGGUCGGAGAGACCGAAUGGGCCUUCAAGAACUCGUUCAAAGUUACCGAGGAAGAGUUGUCGGCGAGCAACGUCGACCUCGUCUUCGAGGGCUUGGACACCUAUGCUACCGUGAAACUUAACGGCCAAAAUAUUUUAAACACCGAGAACCAGUUCAUCGAAUAUAGGGCUGCGGCCAAGCAACACUUGAAAGCUGGAACAAACGAGCUGGUCAUCACAUUCGCGAGUGCAUUCAAGAAGGGACGAGAGCUUGAGAAAGCCAACGGCAAGCUCCACCUGUGGAAUGGAGACUCGAGCCGUCUUCACGUUCGCAAGGCUCAGUACAACUAUGGCUGGGAUUGGGGUCCGGUCUUGAUGACCGCUGGUCCCUGGCGGCCCAUACAUCUUCACGCCUAUAAUGUCCGCAUCGUUGACCUCGACGUGAGGAGCAAGGUCUCCGAGUCGCUAGAAGUCAACACAACUGUGGACAUCAAGCUGUCCGAGAAGAUCACGAGCACGGCCACCAUCGAAAUCAAAAAUGCCAGCGGACAAGUCGUGGCAGCCGCCAACGAAGUCAAAAUCGCAGGUGGAAGCGCCCGUGGAGAGUUCAAGUUCGCACCAGGGGCAAUCGAUCUCUGGUACCCCGUCGGGUACGGCAAGCAGCCCAUGUACACCGUUAACACGAAGGUGUACAAUUCCGAAGGAAAGCUUCUGGAUAGCUCACUAGACAAGGUUUCGUUCCGCCGAGUCCAAGUCGUUCAGGAGCCGCUGGCUGACCAAGAAGGCAAAACCUUCCUUUUCGAAGUAAACAACAUCAGAAUUUUUUGCGGCGGCUCCAACUGGAUACCCGCGGACUCGUUCCUCACGACAAUCACUCCAGAUCGGUACAGAGCAUGGAUACAGCUAUUGGUGGAUGGAAACCAAAACAUGAUCCGUGUGUGGGGAGGAGGGGUUUUCGAACAUCAGUCCUUCUAUGAUGCCUGUGAUGAACUCGGAGUUCUCGUGUGGCAAGAUUUCAUGUUCGGCUGUGGCCAGUAUCCCGCGUACGACUCCUUCCUAAAGCUCGUUGAGGCCGAGGCGGAGCAUAACGUGAAACGUCUGAGGCAUCACCCCUCUCUCGUCAUUUUUGCGGGAAACAACGAGGACUACCAGAUCGCGGAGUCGCUGAACAUUGUCGACUACGCCGAUGAGACGUCCGACUUCCGGGUGACUAAGUUCCCAGCGCGGCACAUUUACGAGCGCACACUUCCUGAGAUCGUGGGUCGGCUAAGCGACGUCUUCUACCAUCGUAGCUCGCCGUACAGUGCACCAGGGGUGAAGACAACAGACAAGACCCUGGGUGACUUGCAUCAAUGGAAUGUCUGGCACGGGACUCAGGAGCCAUGGCAUAACUGGGAUAUUCUGGCAGGCCGCUUCGUCUCCGAGUUUGGGAUGGAAGGCUUCCCAGACAUUCGAACUGUCGACUACUGGCUCGCGGGCAAUAAAUCGGAGCGGUACCCUCAGUCCAGAACGAACAACAGUCACAACAAGGCGGACGGGUUCGAACGCCGGCUCGAGCUGUACCUCGUCGAGAACUUUAAGCAUGCGUUCGACAUGGAAAGCUAUGUGUACUACACGCAGGUAAUGCAAGCAGAGACGCUCUCCGCGGCGUAUCGUCUCUGGCGACGAAACUGGAAGGGCCGCGGGCGGGAGUACACCGCCGGGGCACUCGUCUGGCAGAUCAACGACUGUUGGCCAACGACCUCGUGGGCGAUCGUCGACUACUUCCUCCGGCCCAAGCCCGCUUACUUCGCGAUCGCACGCGAGCUGAAGCCGUACACGGUCGGUGCGGCGCGCAAGGAGGUCAAGACGUUCGCGAGCGACCUCUCUGCCGCGGACUUCACCGUCGAGAGCACACUUGCCGUUUGGGGCUCGAACUUCACCCUAGCCGAGAAGAAGGUGACGCUCGAGCUGACCGCCUUUGACCUGCACUCGGACUGGACGGAGAGCUGGACCAAGGAGGUGACACUCGCUCCGAACAUGAGCGCGGAGCUCUGGAGCGGGCGCGUCCCGGGCACGGAGGUGCGCACAAAGCUGAGCGAUGUGCCCCGCACGGUGAUCGUCUCGACGCGGCUGCUCGGGGACGAUGGGACCGUGCUCGCGCGGUACGCUAACUGGCCCGAGCCGUACAAGUUCGUCGACUUCCCUCCCGUGCCUCAGCUCGGGCUGUCCGUCCUGGUCGGCGCGGAUGGAGAAUCCGUCACGCUCGAUACACGCAGGCCCGUCAAGGGCAUUGUCCUUGAUGCCGAGGGCGAAGGUCCGGACGUGCGGUGGUCGGAUCAGGCCAUCGACCUCGUGCCCGGUGAUCGGCAGAUCGUGACUGCAAAAGGACUCACAGGUCGCAAGGUCAGCGUGCGUUUCUUGGGUGAUGGAAGUGCGUGAGUGUCCGUCUGACCAGAAGGAAGUCGCGAAGACGGACACGGAUGUAACACGGAGGAAGGUGUGAAAUACGAAGUAUAAUGAAAAUCGUAUCAUCGG